AUUUCUCUGUAUGGCUGUGAAGGACUAACAUGGACUCUCUGGGUCUUUUCAUGCUCUCCCUGCUGCUGUGCUCCCAGUGGACAGCUGCCCCUGCUGCGGAAGAAAUCACCUGGAGCUACACUGGCUCGGUGGGUCAGUGGCAGUGGCCUGAAUAUUUCCCAGACUGUGCUGGAACGUCUCAGUCGCCCGUUGACGUGGUAACCACCCAGACUAAAUAUGACCCCAGCCUGGGUCCUGUGACCCCACUGGGCUACGACCAGCACAACAACCGGCCCUUCACGCUGUAUAACAAUGGACACACAGUUGGACUGGAGCUGCCAGAGUGGAUGGGUCUGGGGGGGCUGCCCUGGCUCUUCACAGCUGUACAACUGCACCUCCACUGGGGCAGCGGCGGCCCCGGCCGAGGGGGCAGCGAACACACCAUCAACGGCCUGAGUGCAGAUGCAGAGCUCCACGUGGUUCACUACAACUCGGAGCUCUACCCCAACAUGUCUGCGGCCGUGACACAGCCCGACGGCCUGGCUGUGUUGGGGAUUCUCAUCGUGGCGGGUGAGGAGACCAACCCAGCAUUUAACAACAUUCUCAGCUACCUGAGCCGCAUCAGACACGCAGACCAGAAAACCUUGAUCCCGGCCUUUGACGUCCAGUCCCUGCUCCCUAAAGACCUCAGGCGCUACUAUCGCUACAACGGCUCCCUCACGACACCGCCCUGUCAUCAGAGUGUGACCUGGACACUCUUCCGUGAGAGGGUUCAGAUCUCAAAAGCUCAGCUGAUUAAGAUGGAGACGAUGCUUCACUCCAGCAGAGCUGAAGAUGAUGACGGGAAGAUGCUGCAGGACAACUACAGAGCAAUACAGCCGCUCCACCACAGGGUGGUGCUCACUUCCUUUUCUGCAGAAUCAGGGGAGCAGCUUUCAUCUGGUGAAGUCACAGCCAUAGUGAUCGGAGUGAUGUGUGGCUGCGUGGCUCUGGCCGUGGUCGUUCGCUUCAUCGUGAAGACGAUAAAGUUUUUUACUCUCCUCCACAAUGACUCACUUGCAGUAAACAGCUCUACCUCUAGCUGGGACAUCCUGCCCAGCAACCGUCCUGCUCCCACGCCAAGAGUGAAGAACCCGGAGAAAGAACCGGAGAAAAUACAGGACGUGGUUCUGAACUGCACCUCCGACGGAGAAAAGAAAGAAGAGCCGACGUCAUCUCCUCAGACCGAGCCUUAGCUCCGGGGGGUCUCGUACCGACAGACUUUCUCUGACCACCACUGACUGAAUGAGGCGGUCAGUGAUUCCUGAGACAGAAAUUGAACUCUCAAUCUUGGAAAAAUAGGAAUAAUGUGGACAGACAUCAACCAGACAAAUCACCUUCGUCCCGGUCACUCGAGUGAUUUCUGUAUUUUCCGUCACCCUUCGAAAAAAAAAAACCCUCAGAUGUCGUCCAUCUUUUUGCAUUUCAGGCCAUGGAACUGUGUGCGUUUAUAGCGCCACCAUCCAAGGUUUGACGUCGUGUAAAUACCUUGUAAUUUAUAAAGUAUAUAUUCUUGUUUGUUUUUUUAAUGUUUGGACUUUUUUUCUCUCUCUCUGCCUAAAAUUGUAAAAUAAGAAAGAGUCCUAGUCAGUUUAGUCUCCUGAAACCUGUCUCCUAUUGGACAGCCUUUAGCUGUCAAUCACACAUGCUUUAUCAUCUAUUUUACUCUAGACAGAAUUUGAAUAAAUCAAAAAUGCCUACUUUUGUUUAAUAAGAAUCUAAUUCUAGCCUCCGAGACAAUUAACUCCUCAGGAAAAUAGGUGACCACGCAGACCAGUCCGUUUCUUAUGUAGCGUCUAUGGAUGAAGUGAACACUGGACAUGGUUUCAUUAAAUAAAGUCACUUCUUUACCUAAAAACCAACAUGAUGUCAUUUGCUUAGAGUUAAUACAGAAGUGUUCUUUCAGUCACUGUUGCAAAUGUUGUGGUUGAUGUCUUGAAUUUGUAAAUAAAUGUUUUAUUUUGGGUUUUCUUUUGGUGAUAACAUCGUCAUCUCACAUGUUUGUGU